AUGCAGGGCAAUGUUGUGUUGAAUGGGACGAAGAGCGGAGGUCUAUGGGGUUGGGAUCUUCACCGACCUGCAGGCGCCGUCCUCGACAUUCACAUGCUGAGCGACUGUCGUAGAGCUGUAGUGCAGCGAUCAAAUGGAGAGCUUCGGGUUGUGGAUCUACGGACGUCGAAGCCGGUGGUGGAGCUCAUGCCAGGUGCAGCGAAACGAUAUCUGCCAAAUCUUCGCUGUGCUAUUGACAAAUACGAGUCCGUUGUGGUGGCUGGAGGUGAUGCACGUCGGCCAUUGGCAGUCAACAGCUUUAAUCUCCAAGACGGGCGUUGUGUAUCGUCACUUGAGGUGCAACUGAAGUCUGGCCACUACGGAACUCGCUACGAGAAUACACCUGAGAUUUGGGCCUUAUCUCGCAACGAGCUCUACAUUUGCAGUGGACGAGUCGAUAAAUGA